UAUAUAUGUCUAUGGUUUUUUAGUUGUCAUGCGAGAGAGAAGGAAACAUGGCGGACGAAAAUGAGGAUCAGUGGUUGUAUGGGGAUUCAACCGAUGGAAAAGAGUACACGCCGACUCCCGUCCAGACCGAGAGCCAGGAGAAUGAUUCGACACCCUCGACGAUACAAGAAAAACCACAGAAUUUGGAAGAUCAGGAAGCAGAAAGUGUUCCUGACCCAGUAACAGAGGCACCUGAAGAAGCAGAACCACCAGAAGAGGACUCUCCUUCAGGUGACAACACUCAAAAUGAUAGUAACUUAGAACCAAAUAAAAAUGGAGUGAGGGAACCCUCCAGUCAAGAGGAUGGAGAAGCAGCCAGCGAUUCAGAUUCCGACGAUGACGUCCACGUCGUCAUCGGUGAUAUUAAAUCCACUCCUGCUUACGGCAGUCUAAAUAUCAAAAGAGGGGGACUACUCACGAACGCUUCGGGAGUACCAGAUAAAUUAAAUAAACAGCCUGGGAAAUUUAGUAUAGAUGAAUUCGAAACUAUAGGGGUCAUAAAUGGUAUGCCCGCGCAUGAAUUUAAUUUAGACCAACUGGAAGAUAAACCAUGGAGACAACCUGGCGCCGACAUCACAGAUUAUUUUAAUUACGGUUUCAAUGAGGAAACGUGGAGAGCAUACUGCGAGAGACAAAAGAGAAUGAGGAGCGAAUCAGGUGUAGGCUUAAUAUUGAAUGCCGGAGGAGGAGGUGGGAGUGCAGGCAAUAUGAGGGUACCGCAGGUGGCAAUCACUAACGAUAAUAGCAAAUAUUCCGGUAUAAUGGGACCUAAGAGAGCAGGACCACCUCCGGGAAGAAAAAUGGCAGGAACAAUAGAUGUAAUUGGUAGUUCAGGUUUAGCUUCUAGGAGGAAUCUUGACAAAUCCCCGCCUAAAGGAAAUGUGAUACAAGUAAUGACUGCUGAUAGGAGAGAGUAUUCUAGGAAACCAGGUUUUCCUGAUAUGAGUGUACCACCACCAGGAGCAGGGAUGCCCCCUGCGUUUGAUAUGCCUCCGCCUGGAUACCCAGGAGAACCAGCCCCCUUUUACAUACCAGAAACGGACCCUUAUUAUCAAAGCUAUGAACCCACACAAGAUAAUCAGUGGGGUAAUGAUCCUACAUGGCAACCAACAAAUUUGGCUAUUCCAAUGACAGAGGGAGAGGAUGACAAAGAUACCGGUCCCAAAACGAUACCCACCAUGGUACCUCCUACGAAUAUUCCACCGUUAAUACCACCUAGAGAUUCUAGAGACCGCGAGAGAGAUCGGGAAAGAGAAAGAGAUCGUGACAGAGAACUAGAUUCUAUGGGAAGGGAUCGUGAACGGGAUAAGGACAGAGAUCGCGAUCGCGAAAGGGAAAAGGAUUCCAUGAUCCGGGAACGGGAAAGAGAAAGGGACUCGAUGUCGCGGGACGAAGAAAGAGACCGUGAUAGGUCCCGAUCCCAGUAUCGCCACAAAGAACGGCAUCGGCAUCGAUCGAGAUCACGAUCUCGUAGGCAUAAAUCCAGAUCUAGAAGUCCGAGUCGACGUAAGAAGAAAUCUAGACGCUCCGAGAGGGAACGUUCUAAAGAAGAAAGUGAAUAAAACGAAAAGAGUUGCCUACCAAUGUCCACGGCCACAUUGGCCCGCCUGUAUAUCAGACGUUGAAUCUUUUCAUUAAUGCACUUGUCCCCCGUUACCAUAAAAAACACACCUGUUGGUACUUGUUCGCAUCGAAUACGCAAUUUCUAGAUAAAAACAUGAAUUAUAAACAGCAACAAUAAACUUUAUCUUUAACAACACUGAUCGGUUUCGUUACAUCGGAGUUACCCGAAAUGUUGGAUCUGUUAUUUGUAACGGAAUAAGAAAAUAGUAGGCCGCCGCCAUUCAAUGUAUGGUUUUAUGGUUUUAUAUCAUAAUGUUAUUACAGAAACGGUACUUAAUAAUAAUUAAAAGUAACAGUUGUUUAUUGGUAAACCA